CUGCGCCUGCGCACGGCGGAGAAGGCGGCGCUGCUGCUGCUGCUGACGGGCGGCCAGACGGGCUCCUCCAUCCCUGUGGGCAGGCGGCGGCAGCUGCUGCUGCUGCUGGGCCGCGCGGAGCCUCCCGUAGCCGUCGAGCAGCGACGCCCGGAAGAUAUGGCUCGUGGGCAGCAGAAGAUCCAGUCACAGCAGAAAAAUGCCAAAAAGCAAGCUGGACAGAAAAAGAAACAAGGCCAUGACCAGAAGGCUGCAGCAAAGGCUGCUUUAAUAUACACCUGCACCGUCUGUAGGACACAAAUGCCAGAUCCCAAGACCUUCAAACAGCACUUUGAGAGCAAGCAUCCGAAGACUCCACUUCCUCCAGAACUGGCCGAUGUUCAGGCAUAAAAUUCACAGGUGAACUCAAGGAUCCUGUUGACUCUUCUACUGUCAGGCAUUGCAUAACAAACCUGCAGAUGCUUUCCUAACAAACUGUUGAUCAGCAAAAAUGAAGGGGCUAUGGAAACACUCAUAUUUUUAUGCUGUUCCUCUUGGGCUUUAUGUAAAGACAAAUCUAUAACUGUACAGUUGUGCCCUACCUGGAAAUCUGAAAAUUGGUUCAUUCUUAAAUUUUUUACAGUUGUAAUUAUAUUGAUGUUCAUAUUGUGUAAAAUAACUCAUUUAAUAAAAUAGUACUUUGAUUUUACAAUAUCACAGGUCAAAUGCUUGUGGAAGUUGUUUUCAGUAUCUCUGUUUUACCUGCCUUAUUAAAAAAAAAGAAUUUCUUCCCCUGUCAAAA